AUGUCUCAUAUCGAAAAGUUUCAUGGUAUUGGUAUUGUUGAUCCAACUGAUUGGAAGCACCCGAAAAGGGUAACGUUCGACCCAAAACCAUAUGGUGAUUAUGAUAUAGAUGUAGAAAUCGAGGCCUGUGGAGUCUGUGGCUCGGACAUCCAUUGUGCGUCGGGUGAUUGGGGUAAAGUACCAAAAAAUCUCGUAGUUGGGCAUGAGAUUAUUGGUCGUGUGGUAUCUUUAGGACCUAAAUGUCACACUGGACUGAAAAUUGGUGACAGGGUUGGGGUAGGAGCUCAAGUUUACUCCUGUUUGGAGUGUGACCGCUGUGAGAGUGGUAAUGAACCUUAUUGCCCAAAGUUUGUGACGACCUACAGCCAAGCUUAUGAGGAUGGUUACAUUUCCCAGGGUGGAUAUUCAGACCACAUUAGAGUGCACGAGCACUUUGUAAUUCCAAUUCCCAAGGAAAUUCCUAGUCAUCUUGCUGCCCCAUUGUUGUGUGGGGGUAUCACAGUCUUUUCUCCUUUGCUAAGAAAUGGAUGUGGUCCAGGAAAGAAAGUCGGUAUAGUUGGUAUUGGAGGAAUUGGUCACAUGGGUCUGAUUUUUGCUAAUGCAAUGGGUGCCGACGUAUAUGCUAUAUCACGUUCGUACGCGAAGAAAGAGGACGCUACAAAAAUGGGUGCUCACCAUUUCAUUGCAACAAAAGAAGAACCGGAUUGGGGUACCAAAUAUUUUGAUACAUUUGACUUAAUUGUUGUUUGCUCAAGCUCUCUAACGGAGGUCGAUUUUGAUAUCAUGCCAAAGGUCAUGAAGGUAGGCGGUCAUAUUGUGUCGAUUGCAGCACCAAGUCUGAGUGAGAAGCUGACUUUGAAACCAUUAGGUUUGAUGGGUGUUAGCAUUUCAAACAGUGCUUUAGGCUCUCCAGCAGAGCUGAAAAUCUUAUUAGAUAUGGUCGCUAAUGAAAAUUUGAAAAUAUGGGUGGAAACCUUAAAAAUCGGAGAAUCUGGGGUACAUGAAGCUUUUGAAAGAAUGGAGAAGGGGGAUGUGAAGUACAGAUUCACUUUUAUUGACUAUGACAAGGAAUUCUGA